AUGGCGACGGCGCGACGCGGACCUGAGCUGCAUAGUACGGCGGCUACUGGGACUGAGCGCGAGCCCUCCCCUCCAGUGAUUGGUGUGGGGGCUUGUGGGGAUUCAGGCGGCGAGGCCAAGGCCGAAGUGCAAAGGAGAGACAAAGGGUGCGCGAGGGUGGGGCGGACGGGUCAAAGGCAAAGAAUUUAUUUUGAUUUUCUUGCUGGGAACAACCUCUCAGAGACUGCGUUCCAGUCAUUUCGAAUAUCGGCUCAAAGAUUGAUUGCCGCCCUGUUUGCUUGA